AUGUCUCUGACACUUGAGAAGAUCCUCGCAGCUUCGCCUGCCACAACCCGAGGCCAGCCAACACAGCUCUCAUCCGACCCGAAGGGCCAGCGAAUUGCCUAUGCCUCAGGCAAAUCCAUCUUCCUCCGCUCCAUCGACGACCCCUCAGACAGCAAGCAGUAUAAAUCCCACACCGCAACCACGACGGUAGCCCGCUUCUCCCCAUCCGGCUUCUACGUCGCCAGCGGCGAUGUCUCGGGUACAGUGCGGGUGUGGGACGCUAUGGAGGCCGAGAACACGAAAGGGGAGUACCACAUCAUCUCGGGGCGCAUCAAUGACCUAGCCUGGGACGGCGACUCACAGCGCAUCAUCGUCGCGGGCGACGGCCGCGAGCGCUUCGGCCAUUGCAUUACGGCGGACAGCGGCAACAGCGUUGGCGAGAUCUCAGGACAUGGCAAGAUCAUCAACUCGGUCGCUAUUCGGCCAAUGAGGCCCAUGCGCGCCGCGACGGCGAGUGACGACAUGUCCAUGUGCUUCUUGCACGGUCCGCCGUUCAAGUUUAAUUCGAAAGCCAGCGGGCUGCAUAAAGGGUUCGUGUUCGCCACGGCUUUCUCGCCUGAUGGGAAUAGCUUGGUUACUGUGGGUGCGGACAAGCGGAUUCAGUUGUACGACGGUAAGACAGGCGAGCCCACGAGGAAUUUUGGCGAGAGCGAACAUACGGGUAGUAUCUUGGCUGUAAGCUGGGCACAGGAUUCGAAGAAACUGGUGACUGCCAGCGCGGAUCGAACCGUGAGGGUGUGGGAUGUGGAAGCAGGCAAGGCUACACAGACAUGGAAGUUCGGCGGGGAUGCCCGUGUUAGUAUUCCCGAUCAGCAAGUCGGUGUCGUAUGGCCGCAUGGACGCACCGACGGUUUAAUUAUCAGCCUGAGUCUCGGCGGAGAUCUCACCUACCUUAAAGAGGGCAGCCCGGAACCGAUCAAGGUCAUUCAGGGGCACAACAAAAGCAUCACGGCGAUGGGUGCCGGAUCCGAUGGCAGCGGACAAUCGGUUUGGACAGGGAGUUUCAACGGACGUGUCUGCCGUUGGGAUGUAGCUGCUGGUGCCGCAUCGGCAGUGGAUGGUCAGACGCACACAAAUCAAAUCGCACAAUUCGUCGCGGAUGCCGGCAGAGCAUACAGCGUGGGCUGGGAUGACACGCUUCGUAUUAUUGACGAGUCAGCCAGCACAUAUGUAGGCGAGGCACCGAAGCUUUCCGCGCAACCGAAGGGCGUCGCUGUCGCAGAUGGCCGUGUCUUUGUCGCAACCAUCUCCGGAGUUGAGAUCUACGUCAAGGACUCCCUCGCCGGCAAACUCGACAUUAACGAUUCUGAGCCUACCUCCAUAGCAGCCUCCGGGUCCCUAGUGGCCGUCGGAACCAACAGCAAUGCUGUACGGCUCUACAAGGUCGAUUCGAGCAACAAACUCACCCUUUCCGCGGAAACCAAAAACAGCCCCGCUCAGAUCUCCGCGCUGGCCUUCUCCCCCGACGGUAAUCAUCUCGUUGCCGGCAACACGUCCGGAAAGCUGUUCGCGUACAAGACUACUGACCUUUCCCUCGUCACGGACCGGUGGUCGGAGCACACCGGGAGAAUUAUCAGUCUGGCGUGGAACGAGGACGGCGACCGUGUGGCCAGUGGUUCGUUGGACACGCACGUGUAUGUGUGGAGCUUGAAGAAUCCCUCUGGCCGGACCAAGGCGCUUAAUGCGCACAAGGAUGGUGUGAAUGCGGUUGCGUGGGUUAGCGGAGGGAAGAAGAUUGCGAGUACGGGUGGAGAUGCGGCGGUCAAAAUUUGGAGUAUGGCGACUUUGUAA